AUUUAUCAGAAUGGAUCAAGGAUAUUUACUGUCCCCAAUGCAAUAACUGCUACCCGUAUCAUCUGUUGUCCUGUAAUUGCACAUUUUAUUCUCGUGGACAACCUGAAACACGCAGUGUUACUGGCGAGCGCAGUUGGGCUUUCUGACUUGGAUGGCGCAAUUGCUCGAUCGUUUCCAGGUCAACAGUCUCUUCUAGGAAGUUACUUGGAUCCAAUGGCCGAUAAGAUACUGGUAACAACCUUGGUCAUCUCUAUGGCCUACAAGAAUUUAUUCCCAAGCAGUCUGGCGUCACUUAUCAUUUGCCGCGACUUAGGAAUCGUCACCCUGGCUGGAUAUUUGAGCAUUUUAUCGAUCCACAAACCGGUAAUUUCGUGUUUUUCAUCUUAUCUCAGAAAAAGCGGUCGUUCAAAGACCUAUUAA